CCCACUAUAUCGACCGGAAGUGCGAUCGGCCAAUAGGCGAAACGAGCCAGCAGGACUCGCCGGUAUCUUUGACGAUCGUAUAAAAGCGACCAGCAACAGGGAUGUCGGCGAGAAUCGAUCCGAUUCGCUGGUCGAAUCUCGCUAGAAACGGUAUAAACUUGACCAGGAACUUCUCCGUGGUAGCUGCCUCUUUCAGAAGAUCUUCCAUCGUUCAUCCGAGAAGUCUUCGGUAUUCUAGAGUUGGUCAGUCGAUCAAUGUCCUCGAGAUUAAACGACAGUCUACACGGUUCGCGAUUCUGAGCCAUCGAACUCAUCCCGGCUGUGGAAAGAGACUCGACAUGCCGCACGCGUGUGUCGACGUUUACCACCCGCGGGUGUCAACAUUGGUCACCCAUGCGGCAAAAAAUCCGUCCCUUAACAACAAUUACGAAUAUAUUGGUAAAACACCUUUGCUAAAUACACUGACGGAACCUCUCGCUCCGAAACUUCGAUCGUACAUCGAGGAAUGGGCAUCAAUUUGUUGUCCAAAGGAUAUUUACAUCUGCGACGGAAGCGAUGCGGAAUAUGAUCAGCAAUUGAAGCUCCUCGAGCAAAGUGGAACCAUCUUGCCCCUGAAAAAAUACGAGAAUUGUUGGCUCGCCAGAACGAAUCCGGCGGACGUAGCACGCGUUGAGAAACGCACCUUCAUUAGCACCGAGUCAAGGCGUGAUACGAUCCCAACGGCACGCGAUGGUGUUACCGGAGAACUGGGUAACUGGAUUUCUCCGGUUGACAUGGACAAAGCUAUUCUAGAACGUUUUCCUGGAUGCAUGAAAGGCAGAACAAUGUACGUGAUCCCGUUCAGCAUGGGUCCAUUGGGUUCGCCUCUGUCAAAAAUUGGAAUACAGAUCACAGACUCUCCAUACGUCGUCUGUUCUAUGAAAAUAAUGACCAGAAUGGGAAAGAAGGUCCUGGAGGCUCUUGGAAACAACGAUUUCGUCAAGUGCUUGCACUCUGUUGGUGUUCCAAAAUCAAAUUCGAAAGUCGACGUAAUACCUUCAUGGCCAUGCGAUCCUGAAAGAACCAUCAUUCUACAUAGACCAGCGAAAAACGAGAUAGCCUCUUACGGAAGCGGUUACGGUGGAAAUUCUCUGCUUGGUAAAAAAUGUUUCGCCUUGAGAAUCGGCUCGACCAUUGCCAGGGACGAGGGCUGGCUUGCAGAGCAUAUGCUCAUACUGGGUAUCACGAGCCCAAAAGGUAAAAAACGUUACGUGGCCGCCGCGUUUCCCAGCGCUUGCGGAAAGACCAACUUAGCUAUGAUGCAGCCUACUCUACCCGGUUACAAAAUCGAGUGCGUCGGCGACGACAUCGCCUGGAUGAAAUUCGACAAAGAAGGAAGACUUCGCGCCAUCAAUCCUGAGAACGGAUUCUUCGGUGUGGCACCUGGGACCAGCUACGCCACAAACCCCAACGCCAUGAAGACCAUCUUCAAGAAUACAAUCUUCACUAAUGUGGCUGCUACCAGCGACGGUGGAGUUUUCUGGGAAGGAUUGGAGAAAGAGAUCAGUGAAGACAUUGAGAUCACCGAUUGGAGGGGUAAUAAGUGGACCAGGGGAUCCAAGACACCUGCUGCGCAUCCAAAUUCCAGAUUCUGUUCACCAGCCAGCCAGUGUCCCAUCAUUGAUCCUGCUUGGGAAGAUCCAAAUGGCGUUCCUAUAGAUGCUAUACUCUUCGGUGGCCGCAGACCCGAAGGUGUUCCUUUGAUUUAUCAGGCAAGAAACUGGCAACAUGGUGUCUUCAUAGGAGCAGCAAUGAGAUCCGAGGCGACUGCUGCAGCAGAACAUCAGGGUAAGGUAAUCAUGCACGAUCCAUUCGCGAUGAGGCCCUUCUUCGGGUACAAUUUUGGACAUUACGUCGGUCAUUGGUUGAGCAUGGCCAAUGUGAAAAAUGCUAAACUACCAGCGAUAUUCCACGUGAAUUGGUUCAGGAAAGGAGCAGACGGUAAAUUCCUCUGGCCAGGUUUCGGUGAGAACUCUCGUGUUCUGGAUUGGAUUCUCCGGAGGAUCGACGGCGAGGACGUCGCGAUGGAUUCUCCGAUCGGUUUACUACCAAAAUUAGACUCCUUUAAUCUGGACAACAUGAGAGAAAACGUUAAGAUGGAGGAAUUGUUCAGAUUAUCGAAAAGUUUCUGGCAGAAGGAAGUUGAUGACCUUAAAAAGUAUUUCGAUGCCCAAGUUGGCGAUGAUUUACCGGAAGCUAUUCGUCUCGAGCUUGAUCAGCUUGCACGUAAUAUCGAACAACUUUAAUUCCAUCAUUCUAAAUAAAAACCUGAUUCUGUUAUGGUUAAAAUCUCCAAAAUUCAAUUAAAAUUGUACGAAAAUUCAGAUCCACUUGUAAAUGUUAGAUCUGCAAUCAUUUCUGGUAUAUCUAAAUCAUUAACAGCUUCAAUGUUCAAACAUAAACGUAGUAUUACAUUUUUGUUUCUGAGUUGAAUAUUAAAUACAUCAUUCAUUUAAUUUGUAUCUCAUUUUCAUCGCCGAGACGAAUGUUUGGCAGGAGUUCUUCCUUCUAUGACUGCUUGAAACCGUGUGUGAGCGCAACAGUAUGCAGAUGAAUGUCAAGUAAAAUGAAUUCAUUAAUUGUGAUGGAAAACGUAUGUAUUUUUUGGAUAAAAGUUUUUAAAUAAAACAUUUGAAAAAGCAGGAAA